CCGCUCCUCCUUCCCUCCCCGCCGGCCGGGCGGUGGGCAGUGUCCGCGGGCGGCCGCUGCAGCGGGUGUUCGGACGGGGAGCUGCGGUAGCCCGCCCGGCCGCAGCCAUGGCUCGGCCCCUGCUGCCGCUUCUCCUGCUGGCAGCCGGCGGGCUGUGGGCGGCGGAGCGCAGCGGCAGCAGCAGCAGCGCCAUGGAGGAGCUCGCCACCGAGAAGGAGGCGGAGGAGAGCCACCGGCAGGACAGCGUGAGCCUCCUCACCUUCAUCCUGCUCCUCACCCUCACCAUCCUCACCAUCUGGCUCUUCAAGCACCGCCGCGUCCGCUUCCUCCAUGAGACCGGCCUGGCCAUGAUCUACGGACUCAUAGUUGGGGUGAUCCUGAGAUACGGGACUCCUUCUACCAGCGGCCAUGACAAGCCGUUCAGCUGCUCGCAGGAGGACAGGCCAUUUACAACCCUGCUGGUCAACGUCAGCGGGAAGUUCUUUGAGUAUACGCUCAAAGGGGAAAUAAGCCCUGGGAAGAUCCACAACGUGGAGCAAAAUGACAUGUUGCGAAAGGUAACAUUUGACCCAGAAGUUUUUUUCAACAUUCUACUGCCUCCUAUUAUUUUUCAUGCUGGUUAUAGCCUGAAGAAAAGGCACUUUUUCAGGAAUUUGGGGUCCAUUUUGGCUUACGCAUUUUUAGGAACAGCAGUCUCUUGUUUUAUCAUUGGGAAUCUCAUGUACGGGGUUGUGAAACUAAUGAAGUUGGUGGGUCAGCUCUCUGAUAAAUUCUAUUAUACAGACUGCCUCCUCUUUGGAGCGAUAAUAUCUGCCACUGAUCCAGUUACCGUGCUAGCAAUAUUUAAUGAGCUGCAUGCUGAUGUCGAUCUCUAUGCCCUUCUGUUUGGGGAAAGCGUGUUGAAUGACGCUGUUGCCAUUGUAUUAUCUUCGUCUAUAGUUGCCUACCAGCCAACAGGUGAAAAUACCCAUGCUUUUGAUGCAGCAGCGUUUUUCAAGUCUGUUGGUGUUUUCCUGGGAAUAUUCAGUGGUUCUUUCAUGAUGGGAGCAGUGACGGGGGUUGUGACAGCCCUGGUGACGAAGUUUACGAAGUUGCACUGCUUCCCCCUGCUGGAAACGGCUCUCUUCUUCUUGAUGUCCUGGAGCACUUUCUUGCUUGCAGAAGCUUGUGGAUUUACUGGCGUGGUGGCUGUCCUCUUCUGUGGAAUUACCCAGGCGCAUUAUACGUACAAUAAUUUGUCAGUCGAAUCAAGAAGUCGCACUAAGCAGCUCUUUGAGGUAUUGCACUUCCUGGCAGAGAACUUCAUAUUUUCUUAUAUGGGUUUGGCACUGUUUACUUUCCAGAAACACAUAUUCAGCCCAGUUUUCAUCAUUGGAGCUUUUAUUGCAAUCUUUUUGGGCAGAGCUGCACACAUCUACCCCCUCUCCUUCUUGUUGAAUCUGGGCAGGAGGCAUAAGAUCAGCUGGAACUUUCAGCACAUGAUGAUGUUUUCAGGUCUCAGGGGAGCCAUGGCGUUUGCACUGGCUAUACGAGAUACCGCUACUUACUCCCAUCAAAUGAUGUUCUCAACAACUCUCCUCAUUGUCUUUUUCACUGUGUGGAUUGUCGGUGGAGGUACAACUCCCAUGCUCUCAUGGCUGAACAUCAGAGUUGGUGACCGUGUUCCAUCGGUGGAAGAGAUGAGUGAAAGCCGCUGGCUGUAUUUCAGGGUUGGGGUUGACCCAGAUCAGGAUCCUCCACCUACUAAUGACAGCUUUCAAGUCUUACAAGGAGAUGGCCCAGAUUCUGAAAGAAGGAACAGGACAAAGCAGGAAAGUGCUUGGCUCUUCAGGCUAUGGUAUAGCUUUGACCACAAUUAUUUAAAACCCAUUCUCACUCACAGUGGCCCUCCGUUAACCACAACUCUACCCAGCUGGUGUGGCCUGAUAGCCCGCUGUCUGACAAGUCCCCAGGUUUACGAUAAUCAAGAACAGCUUAGAGAAGAGGAUUCUGAUUUUAUUCUGAAUGAUGGUGACCUUACUGUGACAUACGGUGAUACAACAAUAACUGCAAACGGUUCUUCUGGCCCCCAUACAGCUACCACUAGCCUUGACGGCAGGAGAACAAAAAGUAGUUCAGAGGAAGCACUGGAACGCGAUUUGGGAGCAGCAGAUCAUGAAGUUACAAGCAGGGGUACCCGGCUUGUAUUUCCUCUGGAAGACAAUGCAUGAUUAAUGACUCAGUAAAAAAUAACUCUUGCUCUGUGGAGGGAUCAAGGAAGACUGCAGGCCACUGUGUCACUUGAGGUGGGGAUGUUUAUUUAAAGAAGUUAACAUGUGUAAGUGGUUUUACUAGGGUCUGAAGAUGCCACCUAUUUUAUACUCAAGAUGCUGACAGUGGGGUUUUCUAAAUGUCUGAAGGCAGACGAAUGAGAAAACUGGUCAUUCCCUUCUUUUCAACCGCAUAUUGAAUCCAAGUAUAACUAGCAUGCUGCAAUUGUCUGGUUCAGCUGCAGCAGCUCUCUCUGAAGAGAGGUACAUGAAAACAUUGGCAUAGAACUGAGCUUGUCUUGGCUUAGCUUGGGAAUGUGGAAGAAGAAACAAACAUGAUAAUUAUUAGGAGAUAAAAAAGGACGUGUGUGUUUCUGAAUGUGGAGAGAUCCAUUGUUAACUUCUCUCACGAGGCUGAGGAAACUGUCAAGUAAGACGGGGCAGCGUACAUCAGGACUACAGGUGCACGAAUGCAGGACUCUGUGGGGAACCUGUUACUGCAAGCUGUAUUUCGUGUAUUUCAGGGAAAAAAGGGAAAAGAAGAUUUCUUCACUGGCCAUGUGUUUAAAUAGGAAGGCAAUGAGAGCCACUUCUCCCUUUAGCUUUGGGCAACUUGACUAUUACUAUUAGCCUAACUCACAGUGCCUCAAAAGAAAAGCAUCCAGCUUCCUGUGGUCUAUGAUGUACCUGACCCGCCACAAGCCCGGAGCCAGGCGCUCUUGGGUAGAAAUCAUGAGGUAAAACUUUCUCUCCCUUAAGGUUCUUAAAAUGGGAUGAAGAUAGUUGGAAAAGUAUCUUGGGCUGGGGAAAACAGCAGAUAAGAGGACGAGGGGGAAAAGAGGAGAGGAGAGAGAGAGAGAGGCAGUGUUGAACUUGCAUGGAACCAUGAGGUUUCAUAUUGCUCAGAAGAAUCCAUGGACUCUGCUUACAGUUCUUAUGUGUGACAAACAGCAAACAUCUAAUUAAACAGACAAACAAAUACUACUGGCUUUGCCAUUUGUGACUAUCCUAAAAAAAAAAAAAGGUGUUUACUGUUGUUCUCUUUUGCGGAGUAGAUGUGAAACCUCAGUGGGGCAUUGCACAACAACAUAUAAUCUACAGAAGUGAUGAACUGUAGUAUCAUCUUAAAUGUGAAAAGGGAAAAAUCUUUGCCUAGUAUUUAGCCCACUUACACGUAGGCUAGCUUUAACUUAUCGCUAAAUGCUUUUUAAUUUCCGUAUGAGGAGGUAUCAUUGUCUCUGCCAAUAGCUGAAGAACUUACACUUCCAAGAGCAGUUCAGCUAUUCAAAGCAUGCUGAAACGUGACUUCAUUCUCAUGUCUCAAAAGGUUUAUUUUUUUAAAGAGUUCUGUGGCCCCCUAAUGUGUUGUAAUACCAGUUUGUCUAAAAAGUGUGGUUUUUCUUGCUUCCAUUUCAGUUGUUCCUCUCAUAAAAUUGUGUGUGAGUAAAUACCCACUCUGUUUUUCCUUAACUAUUAAACUUAAUGGGCUAACUUCAGUACGAGAACUUACUGCUGCAGAGAAACAUUGCA